AUGGCCGCCGCAGAAGUAUGCCCAGUCGUUGGAACCACGAAUCACACUCUACCACCCUCGCACCCGGAUAUCGACCUCUCUAAGCCAGGCCAGACAUGCCCUGUCGUCGGUGCUAAGACAGAGCACCACACAAAACUUCACCAACACCCGUCCGUCCCUAGCGGCGAGAUCUCCGCAACCACUCAGUCUGUCGGCUCGGCCGACGCCCAGGCCUGUCCCGCAUUGAGAGGCGUUGUCAACGAAGCGAAGAGCAAAGAGAUGGACGACCGCGUAUGUCCCGUCGUCGGACCCGUAACAACAGUCCUACCUCCGGACCACCCUAGCACAGCUAACAAGGCCGACGGAGACGUGUGUCCAGUGACGAAAGCCAAGGUUGGCCACCACAAGGACAAGGUUGUCGUCCACCCCCAGGUUGAAGGAUCCUCGGGUGUCUGCCCCGUGACGGGAGCGAAACAGACGUGA